GAACAGGGAAUGUUUAGACUGGAAAAGAAGGGGUAGAGUAAAAUUUAUGUGUUGUUAGGGCUAUCAUAAAGAAACAGGAUGACACUUCUGCAAAGCCCAAGUGCAGAACUAAGGUAAAAUGCUGGAAAUUGAGGAGAAUUAAAUUAAUUAUAUGAAUUAAUAUUCCUAAACAAAAGGAAAUACUUUUUACCCAAGAAGUUUUUGUAGUUUCUUGUAGCUUUACUAAUUGUAGCUUUCUUGGAGGCUUUAUAAAUUAAUUCCCAAAGUCUUCGAAGGCGAUUCCCUUUCAGAAGUAGCUAAGUCGCCAGCUUAACAAAAGUUGUGGUCCUGGAAGCAGGAAGACUGGAGUUUAAAUCCAACCUGACACUUACUUAGUAGCUGUGAAAUUCUGAUCAGUCAUUUGAUCCCAAUUUCCCUCAGUUUCCUCAUCUGUAAAAUGGGGAUAAUACCACCUGUUUCCCAGAACAGCUAAAAGGAUGAAAUGAGAUAAUUGGAAAGUAUCUGGCAUACAGUAAGUGCUUUAUAAAUAUUUCGUAUUAAAUCUGGAUUGGACUAGAUGAUUUCUGAAGCCUUUCUCAAUUCAAAUUCUUGAGAUGGAAAGUAUUUCCGUGACAGGAAGCUCUUAAAGAGGGAUGACUGUGUAAAACUCAUAGGUAGAUACUGUAGCAGCAACUUUUUUAGGGAAAAGCUUCUAUUGGUUAGGUUUAAGUGGAAACUAAAAGAGUUUUUCUUGCAUCGGCAAUUUUCUAGAAAAUUAAUGGUGACCCCGAGAGCAGAUGCAGUGGAGAAGAGUGUACAUUAAUAGACAUCUGCAAUAUACAACCUCCUUGCUACAACUCGAAAGCUCAUGAGAUUUACUUUACUGAAAAUGACACCGCCCCCACUUCCCCCACUUCAACUCUUGUGAGGCUCAAUCAAGACUGGCCCCUGAACUGAUACCUGACUCGGAUUUCACGCCCCCAAGCAGCGUUAAUUAAACAUGGUCUGCUUUCAGAAACUUGUAAGUCAUUUUUAACAAUGCAAACUGGUUUAAGGUUACUAGAAGGGCCCUCUCCUCCAAAGAAGGAAGAAGACACAGGCGCGAAAACUCUUCCUUCUUGGCGCGAGUACUGAAAGGCUAAAGCCGCAGACCCGCGCCUCAGACCCGCGCGCGCGCCCCUGGGGCUCGAACUCCCUCCCGCGUGCACGGGGAGCGGGUUCCACGCACACGCACACGCACGGGGCCGCCCGCUCUCUCGCGUCGCCAGCGCUUCGCUGGGGCCCGGGCGCGCGAAUUCGCGGCCCGAGCAGACCAGUAGUUCACAGCACAGGACCCGAGAGGAUGGCCUCCAGCGGAGUUAGUUGGAAAAGAGAAACACCAGCCUUCUCUCCCUAUACCCGCGCGCCUUCCUCGUUCGCAGCCACGCCCCACCAGCUUUUCCGGCUUAUUCCCACCCACCUCCUCCCGCGCGCGGCGCGCCGCUAACUUAGUGGCGCGCGUGCGUGCGCGUGCGCAGGCGAGGCUCUAGGAAGUGGAGGGGGUCUAAUAGACACUGGAGAGUUCCUGGUUUUAACCCUUUGGCGACCGAACUAACAGCUAUUUAGGUUUACGUGCCUGCGCAAGGCGGCGGCGCGCCCUCUUCCAACCCGCACCGCGCAUGCACGGGAGGUGGGGGGGGAGGUGAACGGGGGGAUGGUGGUGGGGGUGUUCACGGCCAGCUCGGCAUUCUGUGCUCGUGCAGGAAUAGGAGGGCAGCUAUCGCCACGGACGUGCACAGUUUCCCCCUCCCCCCUACCCCGUACCCUUCCCCAACUCCAAAAAAACACGCUAAUCCCCCCCCAAAAAAACACUGUCCAUCCAGACACCCCAAUAUCCCCAAGCCCACCUCUCCGCGCCCAGGCCUGUGUGUGUAGGGAGUACGGGCAAGGGUCCGUGGCAGUGCUGGGCUGCAGGUUUGGAGUGUCACUGAUCAGAGUUAUUCUGAUCUGAAGAAUUUGGUGUUUUAAAUCAUUAAGAUAAUUGCCUAAAUUGUUCAUGGAGUUUUUCAUCAGCAUGUCUGAAACCAUUAAAUAUAAUGAUGAUGAUCAUAAAACUCUGUUUCUGAAAACAUUAAAUGAACAACGUCUAGAAGGGGAAUUUUGUGAUAUUGCUAUUGUUGUGGAAGACGUGAAAUUCAGGGCACAUAGAUGUGUGCUUGCUGCAUGCAGUACCUAUUUCAAAAAGCUUUUCAAGAAGCUGGAGGUGGAUAGUUCAUCUGUAAUAGAGAUAGAUUUUCUUCGUUCUGACAUAUUUGAGGAAGUUUUGAACUACAUGUAUACUGCAAAGAUUUCUGUGAAAAAAGAAGAUGUCAACUUGAUGAUGUCAUCAGGUCAGAUACUUGGUAUACGGUUUUUGGAUAAACUCUGCUCUCAGAAGCGAGAUGUAUCCAGUCCUGAAGAAAACAACACUCAGGCAAAAAACAAAUAUUGCUUGAAAAUAAAUCGCCCCAUUGGAGAUUCCACUGACAAUCAGGAUGAUGAAGUAGAAGAAAUUGGAGAUCAAGAUGACAGUCCUUCUGAUGACACAGUGGAAGGAACUCCCCCAAGUCAGGAGGAUGGUAAGUCACCCACUACCACACUUAGGGUCCAAGAAGCAAUCUUGAAGGAGUUGGGGAGUGAAGAAGUUCGAAAAGUAAAUUGCUAUGGCCAGGAAGUAGAAUCUAUGGACACUUCAGAAUCAAAAGACUUGGGGUCCCAGACUCCUCAAGGUUUAACAUUUAAUGAUGGCAUAAGUGAAGUAAAAGAUGAACAGACCCCAGGCUGGACAACAGCAACCAGUGACAUGAAAUUUGAAUACUUACUCUAUGGUCACCGGGAACAGAUUGCUUGUCAGGCAUGUGGAAAGACAUUUUCAGAUGAAGCCCGCUUGAGAAAGCAUGAAAAACUCCAUACGGCAGACAGGCCAUUUGUUUGUGAAAUGUGUACCAAAGGCUUCACCACACAGGCCCACCUGAAAGAACACCUGAAAAUCCACACUGGAUAUAAACCUUAUAGCUGUGAAGUGUGUGGAAAAUCAUUUAUCCGUGCUCCAGACUUAAAAAAACAUGAGAGAGUUCAUAGUAAUGAGAGACCUUUUGCGUGUCACAUGUGUGACAAAGCCUUCAAACACAAGUCUCAUCUGAAAGAUCAUGAAAGAAGACACAGAGGGGAAAAGCCUUUUGUUUGUAGCUCCUGUACAAAAGCAUUUGCCAAGGCAUCUGACCUCAAACGCCAUGAAAACAAUAUGCACAGUGAGAGGAAACAGGUCCCCACUAGUGCCAUCCAGAGUGAAACUGAACAGUUGCAGGCAGCUGCUAUGGCUGCAGAGGCAGAACAACAGCUUGAGACCAUAGCCUGUAGUUAGUUACAAUCAGAGAUCAAAGGAAAGUGGAACUCUUUAUACCCAAAAUGCAGUUACUGCAUAGAUUUUGAGAUUAAACCUGUCAAAAAUGAAUUUCUUAAGACUGGUCACUGUAUUUUUGUGGAAACGUGAAGAGUUGUUGUCAUAGAACUGAAGACGGUGCUUGGUUAGAUGCUUUAAAAACUUUUCAAGGAAGUAUUUCCUCAGAAUUCUGACCAAAUGGUUUUACUGUCUCACGUAGUAAAUCAUAGUAGUAUUGCCAGUUUGCUGUUCAUUUUUAAAAUGGUUUUAAUUUGAAAACUCAUUUGUCAUAGAAGUAAAAAAAAAAAAAAACUUCCUUUUUAAUUCUUGUAUUCCUAUUGCACUUGGAGUGUAUUAUAUAGAAUGAAUAAUUGGGUACAUUGAUUUCUUAAUUACUUUUUGUGAUUGCUGGUUAAAGCAAAUUUUUAUUCCUUAGAAAAGCAACAAUGAGAACACUUAAGCACCUUCCCUAUUCAGAGUGCCAUAUUAGCUGUUGGGGAGACAUAGUUUACAUGAGACAUGGUCCCAAGUACAAAAACCUCUAGGAGCAGAAAAUGCUUGAUGAAUGAUUGACCAUGAGCUGAGCAAUCAAAACAUCAGUGGAAGUCAUCAAAGUACAAAUUGAUCUUAUCAUUUGGUUUAUUCAUUUUGUAAGUUUUUUUUCUCCUGUAUUAUUGUGUAAAAUUCAAAUGUUUGUUGCCUUUUGGCAAAGGUUCUUCAUCACUUUGUGACUCCUCACCUACUUAAACUCAUUAUCCUCUCCUCCCUAUAUAACUUUGAAUUAAAUUGUACAGCAGGCUGUACUGUCCACUUGGUUUAAUGAUAUGACCAGAUAGUAACCAUCUUGCCAUCUAGAGACCAACUUCUUAUGGCCUUCCUGUUUUGCGGUGUCUUGCUAUGUGAAACAGCUUUCUUGUUUUGAAAAGUCAUUUUCAAAGUAGGGAAAUGUUAUAAUAAUGGAUGAUGGCAGCUAAAAGAUAGGAAUGUGACUAAGAAAAGUUUUUGCAUGCAUACUUAAUUGCCUCCCGACUUUUAUCAGAUUCAAUAAUUGCAAUUGAUUUUCAAAAUUGGAUUGAAAAAACCUCAAGAACAAGACUUUAAUAUAAAGUUGAUAAUAUCUGAAAAAAGACUAAAUGCACUUCUUCAUAUAUAUUUGUAUAGCUCAUCUAAGUUACAUGAAUCUGUUGAACUCUUUACAGGACAUGAUUUAUUUACCCAGUCAAGAAGCCACCAAAUUGCAGCAUAUGUAAAUUAAUAAUUUAAAAAAGCCUUUUUAAAUUUUAAAUGUAUAGUAUAGAAUUUUUAAUGUUACAUAUUUCAAGUAAAUAUGGACAAAGCUGCACUUUUUUUGCACAUUUGAUUAGAAUACAUCUUAAGUCUGCAACAAACAUUUAUGACCAACAUAAAAGCUGCCAGACUAAGUGUUUCUAUGUUUGCUUCAUAAUUGCUUGCAUUUCUACUCACAAAUUAAGAAUGCUUUUUUGUAGCUGUUAAACAGAUUCUGAUGAACUUUGUUUCACUUUCAGUGUUUUUGAUUUAUUUGACCACCUUCUUUAAACAAUUCUUUAAAAUUUCAUCAGUAGCUUGGAAUAUCUUCUAUAAUAAAAUAUUAAUUAUUUUAGAAUAUUUAAAAAUUUAGGAAAUUAUUAUAAUUUCUAUUCUUAAUUUUGUGUUGCUGUUUUUUAAAAAACGAAGUUAAAAUAAUUUCCUUUCUUAGUUUAUAAUAGCAUCAGUCAGGAUAAACAAAAAAAAACAUUAAGUUCAUAGAACUUAAAUUGAACACUGGGGAAAUUGUUUAUAUAUUUAUUGGCAAAGCAUUUAAUUUUGUUUUUAAAGUAGUUGAAUUUGUUUACACACAAAUAAUUAUUCUCUCUACUAAAACAGCCCUAUAAGAUUUUCUAAAUUUUCUUCUAAUAAUAAAAUCUAACAUUUAUAUGGCACUUUAAGGUUUGUAAAGCACUUUACAUACAUUGUCUCAUUUGAGUCUCACAACCAUCUUGUGAGAUAGGUGCUAUUAUCCCCAUUUUAGAGAUAUGGAAACAGACUGAACAUAUAUGUAGAACUGGGAAAAUGCUGAAGCCUGCUGAGUUCAAUCCUUCAUUUUACAGAUCAGAAGACAUAAGCCUGCUUAGAGAUUUAAGUGAUUUGCUCAGUGACACAGUGUCUGAGGCAGCAUUUGAACCCAGUUCUUUUUGACUUUAUACUUAAUGUGUCCAUGUAGUGGUGCUGUUCUCCUAAUCUAUCUGAAUCACUUGUAGUUGGGUAAUAAACCAUUGAUCUAAGAUCUUUUUCACCAAAGCAAGGUAAAAAUAAAAUAACUAAUCAACUACAAUUUUUAUAUGAAGCAAUUUGAGGACACUUAUUUAAACAAAAGAUGCUUGUCAUUUUAGUCUCAGUUUUUUAGAAAAAUAUUUUGGAGUUCUGUUACCAUUGUAAUGUAUUUUGUGUAUUCACAUAUUUUGGGAAGAAAAUGCAUUUAUUUUCCUACGUGAUAUUUCACUACUUAAUACACUGUUUUGUUUUUCCCUUUGGCUUUGUGAUAGAAUUUGAGUAACCGAAGAAAAUGAAUUAAGCAACAAAUGGAACAUCAUUUUUGAAGUCAAAAAACCCAUAUAAAAAUGCCAGCUUUCCCCUUAGCUGUACUACAGCACACUACACAGUUAAUGCUUUUGAACUGGUUUCCUGAAUUUUAAAAUAAUCAUAUCUUGCCUGCCUAUCUUACACAGUUGUGUGAAAAAAUCAGGUAAAAUAUAUGUUCUAUUUAUUUAAAGGAACAAUUAUUGCUUGGAUACUCUUAGAUGAGAGAUUAGAAGGGAGAAAAUCAGAGCUAGUCUUAAACUCUCUUAAUUCUUUCAAGCUAUUGUUAGAUUGUUUCAAUUGCAUUGACUUGAGUUUAUGAAUAAUGAGUUGGAGUUACACAGCUAUGUCUGAAACUUAAGGAAUUUGGAGCUGGAAGGAAUCUCAGAGAUCUAAUCCAAUCAUCUUCAAGUAGAAGAAACACAUAACAUGUCCAAAGUCACACAAGUAGUAGUUGGAUAGGAUUUGAAUCCAGGUUGCUUAAGCUUCAGGCUGAAAUUAGACAUUCUAAAUGUAGGGCAUUUAUAUUGCUUCAUUAUCUCCCAUUUCCUUCUCUCCCUUUCCUCUCCCUACCCCACCCCCAAAAUAUUUUGCUUCAAGCACCAUUCUUCCAAAAUUUGGAUUUCUGAGCAGAGGAUAUUUAGAUUUAGAUCCUUAGAUGUCCACCCUUGGGCACAUGGUGUACCCUCAUAAUCUUAGUUACUUCAUCUGUGUGGUGAAGACUGAGUUGCUGUUCUUAAGUUCAAAAUUUCUACUUAGCUUCUGAUUAAAUUUGUCCCAGUAAGUAGGGGUGAGAAUAUCUAACAAUAUUAGUAAAGAUUUCUCAGCUUCACAGAUGCUGAUGCUUAAAUAAAUUUUCUCAACUUGUUUUAAAGUUAAAAUAUUAAAGGAAAAAGUAGGGGUUGGAGGUAGAUUUAAUAAGAUUUGGAGUUGGAAUAUGUAGAAAUAGAUCCUUACUCAUUUAUCUUGCCGAUAAAGAAAAUCUCCAAUAGUUCCAGACUUGUAUUCAGUUCAGCGGAAAGAACAUUGAAUCUAGCAGAGGACCUGGGUUCAUAUCCCAACUUUGCUGACAAUUACUGCAUAUUUUGGGUACUACUGACUUUGGGCAAGUCAACCUUACAGGGCCUCACUUUUCUCAUCUAUUAAAAUAAUGAUUUGGCCUGAAUGGUCUUAGAGGUUCCUUUCGGCUCUAGAUUUUGGAUAUUAGGUAGUUAAGCCCAAAUCUGACUGAAUUCAGUGAUUUUUCUACAUUUUCAUACUGCCUUUCUAAUUGUACAAAUUCAGGUAGCUCCGUUUACAAAAUGUAUUACUAUGUAUCCAUAUGUAAGACAGUUUGGAUCAUUGAAUAAAGAAUUUUCAUAGAAAUUUUA